AUGACGCGGGCGUGGGUGCUGGUGCUGUUGGUGUUGGUGCUGGCGGCGGUGCUGGCGGCGGCGGGCGCGCAGCGGGGGCGGCGCCACUCCUGGCUGGACGCCGGCCGGGUGCGGCUGCAGUGGGGGCGGCAGGGCGACGAGCUGGUGCUGCUGCUGGAGGCGGCCACCGCGGGCUACGUGGGGCUGGGCUUCAGCCCCGGCGGCGGCAUGGCGGGGGCGGACAUGGUGGUCGGCUGGGUGGACGACGCCUCGGGUCAGCCCCACCUGCUGGACUGCUGGGGGCCGGAGGAGGGCGCAGCGCCCCUGGUGGACGGCGACCAGAACUACCGCCUGCUGCGCGCGCACCAGAACCACAGCCACACCGUGCUGGAGUUCAGUCGCGCCCUCAGCACCUGCGACACCAGCCACGACGUGGUGCUCGGGGAGGACACGGUGCGCGUGAUCUGGGCGCUGCACGGCGAGGACCCCGUGCUGCAAGAUGGCCGCCUGCUGCUGCAGCCGCACUCGCCGGCCGACAGAGGCGCCCGCAGCCUGCACCUGCUGGCAGAGCCGCCCCGCCUCGAGCCCCGCCCCGCCGGCCUGGCGCGCUGGGAGGUGCUGCUGCGAGACGUUGAGCUGCCAGACAACAUGGACACCCUCUACUGGUGUAAGAUCUUCAAGGCUCCACAGCUGCAGGGAAAGCACCACAUGGUCGGGUAUGAGCCGGUGCUGCAGAGCGGCAGCGCGGGGCUGGUGCACCACAUGCUGCUGUACCAGUGCGUGGCCACGCAGCAGUCGGCCACCAUCUUGGACAGCCACGUGCUGCACCCGGGUGCAGCCUGCUACAGCGCCGACAUGCCGGCCGCCUGGGAGCAGUGCCUCACGCCCGUCGUCGCCUGGGCCGUGGGCUCGCAAGGAGAGUUUCUGCCGAACCACAUUGGCCUGCCUCUGGCUGAAGACCACCAGAGCACGUUCUUCAUGCUGGAGACUCACUACGACAACCCUCAGCUCAGGAGAGCCAAGGACAGCUCCGGGCUGCGCGUGUUCUACACGGCGGACCUGCGCCAGUACGACGGCGGGAUGCUGGCCACGGGGGUCGCCGUCAGCCCCCUGCACGUCGUGCCGCCGAGACAGCCCGAGUACCGCACCGCCGGCUACUGCAACUCCCAGUGCACCCAGAGGAUGCUGCCGCAGACGGGGGUGCGCCUGGUGUCGGUGCUGCUGCACUCGCACCUGGCGGGCCGCCGCAUGCGGGUGCGACACCUGCGCGACGGCCAGGAGGUGGGGGUGGUGGCGCAGGACGGCCACUACGACUACAACUACCAGCAGAGCCGCCUGCUGGGGCGCGAGGUGCAGCUGCUGCCCGGCGACGAGCUGGUCACCGAGUGCAGCUACCACACCGUCGACCGGACCCGCCCCACCUUCGUGCGUACCUCUGCUCCUCCUGGAGGCUACUCCACCAAGCAGGAGAUGUGCCUGGCCUUCAUCCUGUACUACCCCAGGACGUCUCUCGCGUCCUGCUACAGCAUGACCCCCGUCAAGUACUUCUUCGAGACGUUCGGCGUGAAGGAGUUCUACAACGUGUCCAUGGCGGCCGUCGAAGGCAUGUUGCUGAAGCUCGGGCCGGCCGACGUGCAGCAGGGAGACCAGGGCCGGAGCCCACAGUCCGGAUUAGGUGCAGCGGACCCUGAGGCGCCCCGGGAACGCUCCAGCGAGGACGGGGGUGGCCUGUUCGACCAGCUGGUCAUUCGGCAGCCACAGGAGUUCCAGAACAAGACCUUCACGUCGCACUUGUUCGAGCUGCCCUGGGAGGAGAGCCUGCUGACGCACAGCAUUGAGGAGUCCUUCUUCUACGGUCCGCACGUGAUCUUCUGCCGCCAGUUCGACGACCAGCUGGCCAUUUUCGACGACCAGCUGGCCAUUGUGAGUGCAUCCGCCCCUCCCUCCUGUUUGUAG